CACAACCUAUCGUGUUUCUGACACAUCAGUCGUGAAAGGAAGGUGGUCAAAGUGACAGGGAAUAGUGAAAUUUUGUGUUGCGUGCCGUAUUCGCGCGUGAAAAAGAAAAUGUUUAGUUGGCUCAGUAAGAAUGAUUGUAAGACACAAGAAGUGUUUGAAACUGUUGCAGAAGGGCUCAAGAAAAUUUAUAAAACGAAGCUAUUACCACUAGAACAGCAGUACCAUUUCCACGAUUUUCAUUCACCUCAGUUGGAUGAUCCGGACUUCGAUGCCAAACCCAUGAUACUGCUUGUUGGUCAGUAUUCGACAGGUAAAACUACUUUUAUCAGAUAUCUCCUGGAACGUGAUUUUCCGGGUAUACGUAUUGGACCCGAACCAACGACUGACAGAUUUAUAGCUGUCAUGCAUGGAGAAACGGAUGGUGUUAUUCCUGGAAACGCACUUGUUGUUGAUCCAAAGAAACAAUUUCGUCCACUGACGAAAUUUGGUAAUGCGUUUCUUAACAGAUUUCAGUGUUCUAUGUUAAACAGUCCUGUACUUGAAGGCAUUUCACUUGUAGACACGCCUGGAAUAUUGUCUGGUGAGAAACAGCAUGUUGAUAGAGGCUAUGAUAUCACAGGUGUUUUAGAAUGGUUUGCAGAGCGUGUCGAUCGCAUAAUUCUUCUUUUUGAUGCUCAUAAAUUAGAUAUUUCAGAUGAAUUUAGGAGGUCUAUUGAAGCCUUGCGUGGACAUGAUGACAAAAUUAGAAUAGUCCUUAAUAAAGCUGAUAUGGUUGACCAUCAACAAUUAAUGAGGGUUUAUGGUGCCUUGAUGUGGUCGUUGGGAAAGGUCUUACAAACGCCUGAAGUAGCAAGAGUGUAUAUUGGCUCAUUCUGGGAUCAGCCACUGAGAUAUGACGUAAACAGAAGACUAUUUGAAGAUGAAGAAAGAGAUUUAUUUCUUGACAUUCAAUCACUGCCAAGAAAUGCUGCUCUAAGGAAGCUUAAUGAUCUUAUCAAAAGGGCUCGGCUAGCCAUUGUUCACGCGUAUAUUAUUAGUGAGCUCAAAAAGGAAAUGCCACCAGUUUUUGGUAAAGACAGCAAGAAAAAAGAUCUAAUUAAAAAUUUGAAUCAGAUCUAUGAACGUUUACAAAGGGAGCACCAGAUUUCACCAGGGGAUUUUCCUGACAUUAAAAGGAUGCAAGAAAAUCUUGCUCAUCAAGAUUUCAGUAAAUUUCAGUCACUGAAACACAAUUUGAUAGAUAAUGUAAAUAAAAUGCUUGCUCAAGAUAUAUCAAGGCUGAUGGCAAUGAUUCCUCAAGAAGAGCAACUACACAAUCAUAUAUCUGAGAAACCUGUUGAGAAUGGAGCUCUGGAAGGUUUGGAGGACACAGUGACACCGUUUGGCUACAGAAAGGGUGAAGGAGUGGAUGCUGGAGCAGGCGAGCCUGACUGGAUUGUUAAUAAAGAUAGGUAUAAGUAUGACCAAAUAUUUGAAUCAUUAAGUCCUGUGGAUGGUAAAGUUACAGGAGCAAAAGCAAAAACUGAAAUGGUGAAAUCCAAAUUGCCAAAUUCAGUUCUUUCAAAAAUAUGGAAACUGUCGGACAUUGAUAAAGAUGGUGCAUUAGAUUCAGAUGAAUUUGCCCUUGCAAUGCAUUUAAUUGCCAUUAAAGUGGAUGGUCAUGAUCUGCCAUCAGAACUCCCAAGUCAUCUAGUGCCACCUUCAAAGAGGAGCUUCAACUGAGUCUCUGUGCAUGUAAAUACAGCAGUUUAAUUGCAUUGGUUGUCGUAAACACACUCUCUCAAUAUCAAAGGUACACAUCAACAAUGUUCUAAGCUGUUUUAUAGUUUUGCAUAAGUUUUAAAGAAACUUUAAUGACGGGCACCAAAAACUUGUCAAGGAAAAUACAAAAGUUACACUCUGCUAGCAGAUAUUGUGCUUUAGUUCCCAUAAUGAAAACUCAGUGGUCUGAGACUGAGUCAGCACUCUGACAUUUCAUUUGGAAAGAUUUAAUAUGGGUGCAAAAAGGAUUUUUAAACAGGUGUACAGCUUAGUUUUGUAAAAAGAGUAUGUGCUCCAUCAUUAACAGAGUGCUGUGAUCUGGUGAUACUUAAAGCAUUAGACAAGCCAUAAUGAGUACUGUCUAUGUGAAGAAUGAGUGAAACUUAUGUUUAAUUAGUAAAUUUGUAAAAAUUUCUGUUCACUGGUGCACUUCCUAUAAGAAUAUAUAUGCUUAUUUCCAUUAUUUGAUAUAACUUGUAGCUUGCCAGUGUACUGGUAAAAUUCUGAGUAAAUAAUAUUUCUCUUGUUAUGUUUUUUACAAAUUAUAUUUUUGUUAUUCAUAAUUAUGAAGAUUAUUGUGUAUUCUCUUAAUGUCACUAUACCAUGACGAGUUAUUGUAUUAGCCUUUUGAGGUAUAUGUUACGCAUUAUUGUAAAUAUUUUUAGAAGAAUAUUGUUGACUGAUAGAUAUAUUUAGUCGUAAAGAACUGCUCAGAAUAAAGUGUAUUACCAAAGCAAAAUUUACAGGAAUCUCAGUGAUAAAUAAGUUUAAAAAAGAAGGCUGCAGGGUUGGUACUUUUUUAAAGAGUGUGCUAAAAGUACGAAACAAGAGUCAAUGUGCAGACUCUUGAAUGAGCUAUUGGCGUAAGUGGUGACAUCCUUGAUAUAGCGAGCAAUGGACAGCCAAAAAGUACCUGCGCUUUUUUUUAAUAGCUAGAGAGAAUGAGAGGUAAAAGUUUGCAAUGUGUUGUUCUGCUCAUGUUUUAGGCUGCCAUGCUUUCUCAGUUAUUUCUCAGAAACCUUCUUUUCUAAGAACUAUGUGAAUUACCACAUAAUUCAUUGGCAUGUAAGUGAUGCUGUCUUAAAAUGUUCUUAGCAAACUAGUAUUGCUAAUCUAGACACAUUAAGACAAUCCGUCAAGAUGAGGAAUUCAUAAUCCGUUUUAUAUAUUGUUUCCGUCACAACAUAAUAUUGCCCCACUUAUGAAGCUAAAUUUGGUGUGAUAAACAUUUGAAUAUAAUAUUUGCAGAGUUGUUGUACAUUUGAUAUGUUGUAUGGGCUAUAGUAAAAUUUACUGGAGCAUCAUUUUGUAAAGAAAAACGUUGAAAUUUGGAGCAGUUCUGACUUCUCGCAAACUGUGCAUAUUAUAAUUAUACAUAACUGAACUGACUGUGUGUGUGUGUGUGUGUGUGUGUGUGUGUGUGUGUGUGUGUGUGAAUGAACUGUCACAUUAAGUACUGGUACUGCUAUAAAGGCAGGAUGGUUGUUUACUAAUCAUACUGGAAUUGUCUUUAGAUUGUCAGAACCUGAUAUCUUUUAGUAAUUUUUUAACAGUGUGUCUUCUGUAUUUGUGUUGCUAGCAAAUAGGCCUACUCUUUAAAUAUCAUUUUAUUGAGUUUUAGCAAAUAUUUUGGUCAUGUUAGAUAGGUGUUCCAACAUACUUCAUGCAUAUCUGUAGCCCAUUUUUCAAAUAUGAGGGCUACCGAUUAUGUGAUAGUUCAGUAAUGUUGUAGACAGCAGUUGAUAGUAGUGAUUGUAUUUUUAGUUACAUUUUAUCAUAUUAGUUUCGCCAAAACUCAAUCUGUGAAACUGUAGCAUCUGGACCUGUUGCAGUAACAAAAUAGAUAGAUAGAAAAGAUACUGCGGUUGCCCUUUCUUAUGAAAAUCACUCGACCUACCAUACUAUGAAUGUUAUCAUAUAUUUGGCCUACCAGGCCUGAUGUAGUACUUUCCAACACAGUUUUUAAAUUUUGUGUUGCACUGGCAUUUUUGUGUUGGUGAUACUUUUGUAUAUAUGAAGUAUGAUCACAUCUUCUGAAUACCUGUUGUUUGCAUUAUAGUCAAUAAAAUUUGAUACAUUUAUGGUGAUCACUGUGUGUGUGUGUGUGUGUGUGUGUGUGUGUGUGUGUGUUUGUUUCAUAGAUUCAUAGGUAUUAUGAAGAAUGUAAUACAAUGAUUGGAACAUUGUAGUAUGUGAAUCCAUUGCUAAAGAUGGGCGCUGAUGACAGCGCAAUUGUGUGCCCAACAAAACCAAUCAUCAUCCAUUGCUGAAGAUUUCUUCACAUUAGCUUUUGUGUAAUUGUGGUACGAAAGCACAAAAUAUUGAAUCUCCUGUAUUUUGUAUGAUCAUUUGAGACAUUAAGCCAAAGAUUGUAAAAUUUAUUCUAAAUAAAUUAUUUAUUUAUUUAA